AUGCAUGUGUUUUUUUAUCCCAUGGAUUCUGAAUCGUAUAGAGAAGAAGAUCAUAUGCAACCAGGAAGCAGAGGAAACAGGAAUGUGGAUGGCAAAGAUGUGGGAAGGAGGCUUUUGUGGGCAAGCCGAAGCAGUUUAGACAGACCGGCUCGAAAGGAAAAAGGAAGCAGUCUGAAUAAGAAAGAUGCAAUAAGCACGAGAGAGAAGAUUGCAGCAGAUGCAGAGAGCGUGGGCAAGUCUAUGAAUGCUUCUGUAAGCAGUACAACGGUAGAAGAUGUGCAGAGGAGUGUAAGGAUGCCUGGAGUGAUUGAGAUUGUUGACCAAGGAAACAGGGUGAAGAUGAAUGAGGAUGUAAGGACACUGGAGUCCUUCCGAGAUCUUUCGUCUAAGUUUCUUUCGAAGGCUCUUGAGAAGGAGUACACACAGCCCACGAUUAUACAGAAGUAUUGCAUUCCGUCGAUAUCUGAAGGAAGGAAUUUGCUAUGCAGAGCGCCUACAGGGAUGGGGAAAACAAUGUGUUUUCUUAUUCCAAUUAUUGAAAGGCUUGAGAAGUGUAAUAAGCCGCAGGCAUGCAUUGUGUCGCCAACAAGAGAGCUGUGUGAGCAGAUUCGUGUUGAGGCGUCACGGCUGGUUGGCAAUACCAGCAUCCGAGUGGUAUCGAUAUAUGGCAAGAAGCAUGAUCUGCCGAGCUACUAUGGAGUUGAUAUUGUUGUUGCAACGCCAGGUAGGCUAAUAGACUUGCUACAAAGGAAGAAGAUAGACUUUUCUGGAGUCAGGAUGCUGGUGUUUGAUGAAGCAGACAAGCUGCUUGACAUGGGGUUUGAGGUAUCUACAAGAGAGAUACAUGGAUAUGUUCCACAGGGAGUGCAAGUAUGUCUUUUUAGUGCGACUUAUUCGGCAAAGCUCACUAGGAUGAUAAACUACUUUUUGCCUGGAGACAAGGUGUCUAUUGAGAUGGUUUCCGAGACGCUGAGGAACAUCAAGCAGGAGAUCGUAGAGGUUGGCAGCAAGGACGAGAGGCUUGUGAAGAUCCUGAGCAGCCCAGAGAUCAAUUUUGAAAGAACAUCGUGGAGAACAGAUGCACGGCCGGACAAGGUGCUUAUAUUUGUCGAGAGAAAGGCAUCAUGUGCAGAUGUAGAGAAGUAUCUGAAGCGCCGAGGGUUUCAGUGUGUGUCUUUGCACGGAGACAAGGAGCAGGCAGAACGGAACGCCGCUCUGCAAGGCUUCCGUGAUGGCAGGUAUCCUGUACUGAUUGCAACAUCGAUUGCAGCAAGGGGAAUUGAUGUCAAGGACAUAAAGCUUGUGAUAAACUAUGACAUUCCGAAGGACAUUAAGGAGUACAUACACAGAAUAGGCCGCACUGGACGAGAGGGAAAGGCAGGAAAGUCGAUUUCUUUCUACGACAAGAGCGUGUCGAAUGAGUUUAGGAGUGCACUGAUUGAGAUUCUGAAGGAGUCGGGCAAUGAAGUGCCGAGAUUUUUAGAGGGGGCUUCUCCAUCGGAAGACUUUGAUGCAAUGAUCAACAGGCUGAAAGUCAGUGCAGAUAAGGAAGUAUCUGAAGACGAGACUAUUGGGCUGUGGGGAUGA